AUGAAGCUCAAUGACCUUACAAAACUCUACCAGAAGAAGGUUGAAACAUACCUUAAAGGAGCUAAAGUGUAUAUAAUGCUCAACGGUGACACGCAUUUUGAGCCAGAAAAUAAAGAAAUAGAAGAACAACAGAAAAAAUUUAGAGAACAAGUUGAAAAAUUUAUUAAAAACUUUGGUAAAGAAGCCUCAGACUAUAUAGAUAAAAAAAUUAAAGAAUUCAUUGAGACACACGGAGGUAAAAGACCUUCAAAACAAUGGGAAAAGGAACAACGAUUUUCAUUCGUUGAAGAAAGAAUAGCAAUCCCUAUUGAAACAUUUAAAGAAAAUUUUUUCAAAAGGUUUCAAUAUGAACCACAAAAACAUCAUCUAUUAAAGUAUAUCGACUAUGGUGUGAAGCAUUUAUUUUUUGAAUCAUGGAAAGAGUAUCAUAUUAAACUCUCUAAUAAAAGUAAAAAGAAAGGACACGAACAAGACAAUAAUGGAGUUAUCAAUCGAUACGGAUAUCACGAGGAUAAUCCACCAACACGUCCAAUAAAUCCUUUUAAACAAGCGCAAAAGAUUGGAAACGAAAAAUUUCGACAACGUCAAUUAAGACAAGAAAGCAACAAGAGCUUAGUCAAUCCAUUUAGACAAGCACAACAAAGCGUACAAGAUAAAACUAAACAAACAAAACAAGAUGAUACUCCGGUAACGGAAGGAACAGCUGCAUUAGCAUCUGUUGAUAAAUUCAAACAAGAGCCAAAACGAACAUUCAAGGAUGAUAUUGAAGAACAAAUAUUUUCAGCGCUUCAAGAUGCACCAGAUUUUGUGCAACGACAACAAGGAUUGAUCUCCCAACCGAAACCUGUAAUUAAUAUUAUUGAUGAUGGAGAAAGUUGGCAAGAAAAAAUUAAAAAAACAGGGUAUGACCCUAGAAAGGAUCCCAUUAUCAUACCUUUUAUAACUAAGCUCGUUGAAGAGGGAAUCGAGAUUCCAGGCAUGAAAGGCAUAGAAGUUAUUGAUGAUUUUAUUUAA